CGGAACAGCAUCCAUGGCUGUCGCUGCCCUCCCCCAGGUCACGCCCCCGACCUACCACCGCAUCGUCUCCCCGACGCUCCAGGUGCCCGCCGACGAGAAGGUCUCUGUCCCCGUCGGACUCCUCGCGUGCCAGCGCGAUCCGCUUCUGCGCGAGAUUACCACCACAGUAGUUAGUGCGACAGUCUCGCAAGCACCGACGCCGCCCUCCAAUGGUAGAAAGAGCAAGAAGGAGAAGGCAGCGCCUGCCCCCUCCGAGCCGCUGAUCGAAGUCAUCCUACACGACACCGUUAUCUUCCCGGAAGGCGGUGGGCAGCCGUCCGAUGUUGGGCUUCUAACAUGCUCUGACGGAGACCGUGUCUGGAGCGUCGUUGAGGCGAAGCGACACGGUGGACAUGCCGUACACUAUGUCAGGUCGAAGGACCAGAGCGCUGAUGCCGCCCUGCGCGCCUUCAUGCCCGGCACAAGGGUCGGCGUCGCGUUGGGCGACGAGGGCUGGAAGCGUCGACUGGAUCAUACGUGCAUGCACACCUCGCAGCACCUGCUCUCCGCAGUGCUCGACUCGCGCAAUAUACCGACGCUCUCCUGGUCCGUCACCGCCUGGCCGACGCCAUGCUACGUCGAGAUCCCGCGCAGUAUGAGCGCAGACGAGCUCGCGUCCGUGCAGGACGAGGCGAACCGGCUCGUCUUCGAGGGCCGCAGCGUGUACGUCGAGGUCGAGGAGCUGCACGGCGCGAACACGUCCGACCAGGCAAAGCUCGAGAACGGCAGGGCCGUCAGCCAGGUGCUCCCCGCGGACUACACCGGCGGCGUCAAGCGCACCGUCAUCAUCGAGGGCGUCGACCGCAGCCUAUGCUGCGGCACGCACAUGCCGACGAUCCACAACCUCCAGCUCUUCCUCAUCCCCCACACCGAGUCCGUCGCGCGCGCGAGCACGUCCACCGCGCGGCUCUACUUCUUCGCAGGCCCGCGGCUGCUGCACCAUCUCGGCGCGACGCACGCCGCGCUCACGCGCACCGCGGGCACGCUCUCCUGCGGGCCGCCGCUCGUGCCCGAGCGUGUCGCGCAGGUCGUCGAGGAGCGCAAGCGCGCGGUAAAGCGCGGCGAGGACGUCGAGGCGGAGUUGGCGGGCAUGAUCGCGCGGGACCUCGUCGCGGAGGUGGUCCGUGGCGAGGGUAAAGUGCAUAGACACCGGACGGACGACGCGGCGAACCCGCUGGGCUUAUUGAAUGCGAUCUCGAUGACGUUCGCUAAGGAGGCUGCGGCGCGCGGGGACGCCCCGCCGUACCUCGUCGUGCUCUCGUCGUCGCCUUCUAUGCAGACUGCGGAGAGCACGAGCGUGGUGCUUGUCUUUGGUGCGGACGAGGCGAAGGUCAAGGAGGUUGGGGACAUGCUCAAGACGAAGCUGAACGCCAAGGGCGGCGGGAAGGGUCGCUGGAGUGGCAAGUUCACCGGAGUGUGGCGGGAGAAGGAGAGUAAGGUUGUCGAUGAAGCGCUAGCCUCCCUCAUUGGGGGCGUCAGCGUAUGAUGCACUGCACAUUGAUCAUAAUAGAGGAUGAAGGUGAAGGAGCCCUGGGGACGGGCUCAAGGCGAGACUAAAGCCUGUGGAACGCCAAGGGCAGUGAUAUGGUAGGGGGCGGGAAUGCAUGGAAUAAACAAUGUUUGUGACAGAGUACAUACAUAACUAUGCAUGAUUACAACCGAGGAGACAGACAGAUGUCAGAAGGUAUAUACAAUAUUGUUGUAGAAGUAGUCCUCGAUGCCAUGUUCUCUUGUGCGACUAUGAUUAUUAGCUCUAUUUCGUUUCUGCUUCCGGGACCUCAGCCGAAGGCGAGCCGGGCUCUGCAACUACCGCAG